GUUCUGCCUGGUCUUGUUCGACUCACCCCAACUGCUGCUGUCUUUUCCGACGACCCCGCGACGGCCCUUCGCGCUCACUUAAGAGGCUUCGCUCACACGAGAGCUCUGCCAGCAGGCCCGUUUCAACAUAGCAUCACUCACUGUCGACCGACGACUGCCGCUACCCAAUCCUCCGGUGAGGUCGACAUAUCCCACGGCUUCCGCCCUGGGCCCCCAUUUGCCAAUUACCGAUUCGGCGAUAAGAUAGCCAAGUGCCAGCCAGACAGGCACGAUGGCGUCCCCCCUCGAUCUCGACGACCUCAAUUACGUUCACCUGGUGCCGUACAAUGGCUCCGGUCCUACGGGAGGCGACUCUCUGACGGAGGACCUGAACAUCUGGUAUGAGACUGGUGACAUAGGAUGGAUGAUCACGGCUACGGCGCUCGUGUUGCUCAUGAUUCCCGGCGUUGGAUUUUUCUACUCGGGAUUGGCAAGGAGGAAGUCGGCCCUCUCUCUCAUCUGGCUCUCUGUCAUGUCGACAGCCGUCACCAGCUUUCAAUGGUUCUUCUGGGGCUACUCUCUAACCUUUUCGCACUCGGCUGGCGCCUUCAUUGGCGAUCUUUCGAACUUCGGUUUCAGGGACGUCCUCGGCCGCCCAUCCGUCGGCUCCAGCCGCCUCCCCGAUCUGCUGUUCGCCGUCUACCAAGGCAUGUUCUCUUGCAUCACCGUCGCUCUAGCGACCGGUGCUGUCGCCGAGCGAGGACGCAUGCUGCCCUGCGUAAUCUUCAUGUUUAUCUGGGCCACCGUCAUUUACGAUCCGAUUGCUUGCUGGACCUGGAACCCUAGUGGCUGGUCCAAUAAGAUGGGUGGUCUCGAUUUUGCAGGAGGAACGCCGGUGCACAUCGCCUCCGGCACCGCUGCCCUGGCCUACUCGAUGAUGCUGGGCAAGCGUCGUGGCCACGGCACUCACGAGCUCAACUACCGACCUCACAAUGUGACCCACAUUGUCAUCGGCACCGUCUUCCUCUGGGUCGGUUGGUUUGGUUUCAAUGCCGGUUCGGCUCUGUCUGCGAAUUUGCGUGCUGUUAUCGCCGCCGUCGUAACCAAUUUGGCAGCCUGCGUCGGCGGCAUUACUUGGUGCGUGCUGGACUAUAGACUAGAGCGCAAGUGGUCCACAGUUGGCUUCUGUUCCGGUGUUGUUGCUGGCUUGGUCUCCAUUACGCCGGGUUCUGGAUACGUUCCCGUCUGGGCUGCCGUACCUUUUGGCAUACUCGGGGCUGCGUUUGCCAACUACGCCACUAAGCUCAAGUUCAUCCUCCGAAUUGACGACGCUCUCGACAUUUUCGCGGUUCACGGAAUCGGUGGCCUCGUCGGCAACAUUUGCACCGCAUUUUUUGCCGCCAAUUACAUCGCACACCUCGACGGUGUCAGCGAGAUUGACGGCGGCUGGAUCAACCACAACUGGAUCCAGCUCGCUUAUCAACUGGCCGAUUCCUUCAGCGGCGGUGCCUACUCGUUCGUUGGCACGUGCAUAAUCCUCUUCGUCAUGAACAUGAUCCCCGGUCUCCGCCUACGUGCGACCGAAGACGCUGAGAUCUUGGGCAUCGACGAUGCCGAGAUCGGUGAAUUUGCCUAUGACUAUGUUGAGCUUACCAGAGAGGUGCUCAACGACAUGGACAAUGAGGCCGCCAGUCGGUACUCGAACGACAUGGCUUCUUUCCAGCCCAUGGAGAAGAACAACAGCAUCCCAUUGAUGGACGUCCGCAACUUUGCCGGAUCAUCACAAUACCCACCGCAGUUCGGCCACGCUCAGUGAAGCAUGGGCAACUAAAGCUUCAACCGCACAGCCUCCUGCAGGACACUAUUUCUCGUGUCUCGAGAAACCGCCCACGGCAAGGCCCUAGUUCGACAUACCCUGCUAUUUGUUCACUUAAUGAUACCAAAUACAAAGCACGGCGCUGUCGCUGGCUCAACUAGGAAAAGAGCCGUUGGCCCAUGCAGGACGAGGACAGCUGUAGGAUACAUAGCGGUACAACAUACUAACCGCUCGGCAUAGAGAAAUGAGGAAACGAGCGACGUCUUUUUUUUGGUUGUAGAUAUUGUUGGACUUUUCGAAAACUACGGUGAUACCAUGGGAAGCGGAGGAUGAGACGGUCCUUCCCUGACCGCUGUACUUGUAAUUACGUGAAGAAGAAAAGAGUCAGACAUGCAAGAUCAGUGACGACUUUAGUCUGUUCCAAAUUUGGACAAUAACUCAGGUAUGAAACAAACUACUUUGUUAGAUUCGAUGGAUCAAUGUCUCGAUACUAUUUAUUGCCGGCUGAAGUAUAGAGAGCACUC